AUGACUGAAUUCCUGGUUUGUUUUAAUUGGUGCAAUGGAGAACAGCCCCAGCCGAAGAGGCGUCGGAGACUGGACCGGAGUAUGAUAGGAGAACCAAUGAACUUUGUACAUACUGCACAUGUUGGGGCAAGAGAGAUGAGUAGUGACUAUUCAUCAGCUGUAUCAAUUCAGGACCACAUGAAGUCUAAAGGUGGCUACACAAAUGGCACUUCUGCGACUGUUGAGAUAUAAGAAACUGAGAGAAGGCUGAAAUCUGCUCUGUCUUACGAGGACCCUCCUGGACUGUGCUUUCAUAUUCUCUAAAGCCUCUUUAUCAUGGAGUAGAGAGAGAACUUGAAUUAUAAAUAGGUUAGUGCAAGCUUUGGUGUUUUUUGCACAAUAGCUUCUUAAGGAGUUAUUGUAAAUUAUUCUUAAAAUGAUCUGUCAUGGUAGUAUUGUAGUAGCAACUGUAAUUUGCACUGUAGAUGACUUUCUAGCUGUACCUCAAAAACCUCACAAAAUUGUCUUGUAGGAUGGGAUUGGAAGUCAGUAUGAAUUGUCUGGGGUUUUGGUCUCUGUCUUUUUUUUUUUUUUCCCCUCAAGAAAUUCAGAGGUUGAUUUAAUUGGAAAACAUCAUGUGUGAACUUCUUA